GCCCUUCCUGCUUCAAUCACUCCCUUCUGAGCUCUCGAAGCGUGCGCGUCGUGCUUUCUAUCUCUCUCUUCUUCACUUGACAUUGACAGUUACGUACGUGAACUUGUUAGUAAACAUGUGUCUGGCUAAGGAAAGUGAGUCGCCUGCCAAGGAGGCGGUGUCGCCCCGGUCACCUUGGGCUAAGCUUCUGAACCGUCAGAACUCAAAACCGAAACUUCCGAGGAAAGUGGCGUCUUCAGCUCGCGUCAACUUGAACAAGUGCUGGAGCAAGCUCGGGGAGCUGAUGUCCAACGCCUCCCCCCGCGCCGACCUGCCGGCCCUCAGGCCCGACGAUGAGCCUCUACUCAUACCGUUCACCGAUUUCUUCUAUCCUGUUGACCCUGUCAAACCACCUAAGGAAGACAAGGACAACAUCGAAAAUCAAAACCUUCUUAACGGCCGUCGCUUCGAAGCCAUAGAAGACCCAGAGAUCAAUGACAACAUGGCCAACGAAGUCCGCGAGAUCUGCUACUCGGCCACUAAGAACAACUGUUUCGUAUGUAAACUUUGCUACUAACUUAGUUGUACGUUUUCCCGCGCUAACAGCAAUCUUUGAUAUGAUCAAACCCUCUCCCUUUAACUUCUAAACGCAGUGUCUUGAAACGAAAUCGCGUCUUCCAUAGUUUUAGUGCGCUCCCAAUAUCGUGGGCAAAUCCAUGUCUUCCAUUAGACUUAGAAAAACAGACCAUAGACAAACGAGUAAAUACCUAAGUUCUGUAAUUUACAGUUCAGUGUUUUGAAACACCUUUCAUUUGUUUUGUUUGUGGUCUGCAAUAAGUUAGUUUUGAUGUAUUUGCAAUGUUAAAUUCGCAGAGAGAUUUGGUAGACAGCUUUAAUAACAACAUCUGCACUGUAUAUUAGUAUCGCACCUCUCACUUUAUACUUUUUACUUCUACUUUUCAUU